AUGAAGUCCUCCUCUCUCCUCACCGCGACCGGCUUCGUCGCGUCGGCCGCGGCCCAGGCGUCCGGCUGGAUCCCCGGGCAGGUCAACGCCUCCAUGUGCUACUGGGAGCAGCCGCGGGCGGCCGUUGUGCGCGACACGCUGUACCUGGACGGCGGCAGCGUGGUGUGGAUUCCGGGCAUGAACGACAGCUCGUACGGCCCCGUGACGGCGGACCAGAACCCGCUGGGCAUCGUGUACACGCUCAACUUUAGCGUGCCGUUUGCCGUCGCGGACAACCUCACGGCCGACAUGGGCGUGCUCUACAAGGUGUCGCCGGGCUCCAACGCCAACAACAUUGCGCCCAACUACAUUGACGGCGCCAUGCUCGCCAACGACGACGAGUGGUUCCUGUACGGCGGGCUGCUCAAGUACACGUCGCAGUACAGCCAGCCGCCCGGCGACGCCGUGCAGCUGUACCAGGCCGACCGGUACGGCGUGGACCGGGCGUUCCGGCCCGGGUUUCUAAACGUCGACCUGCCGGCCAACAUGACGCGCUACGUGGCCUACGGCGGCGCCGCCAGCGCGCCCUCGGAGAACAAGGCGUGGUACUUUUCCGGCCUGCGCAGCCCGUCGUGGGGGCCCGUCUACACCGUGUCGGGCGUCGACGGCCUCACCGCCAUCAACGUCUCCGACACGCUCAUCACCGUCGACAUGGCCACGCAGAACGCCGAGACGUGGUCCAACAGCACGCUGCCGCCCGCCGUCCGCGGCCGCGCCAACCCGGAGCUCGUGUGGGUGCCCGUCGGCCCGCAGGGCCUCCUCGUGGCCAUUGGCGGCGUCGUCGACCCGCAGUGGGUCGCCGUCCGCGGCAGCUCCUACAACGCGUCCGCCAGCCGCGCCGCCAGCCCCGCGUUCCUGACCACCCUGGACGUCUACGACGUCGCCGGCAAGACCUGGUACAAGCAGCCGACGACGGGCGGCGCCCGCCUCGGCCAGCGCACGCGCGCCUGCUCGGUCGUGGUCGCCGCCGCCGACGCCUCGAGCUUCAACAUCUACUACUACGGCGGCUUCGACGGCAUCAACGUCGGCGACGCCUUCAACGACGACGUCUGGGUGCUGUCGCUGCCCUCCUUCACCUGGACCCAGGUCUACAAGAGCAGCGACGCCGCCGCGCACGCCCGCGCCGGCCACAAGUGCUUCGCGCCCUACCCGGACCAGAUGCUGGUCGUCGGCGGCUACACGCCCCAGGCCGGCGAGGCCGCGGGCUGCCUGGGCGGCGGCAUCGUGCAGCUGUUCAAUCUGUCGUCGGCGACCUGGAUGACCAGCUACACGCCCACCAAGUGGUCCGCGUACAGCGUGCCGGACGCCGUCGUCAGCGUGAUUGGCGGCAGCGGCAAGGGCGGGGCCACCGCGACGGCGCCGGCCGCGGCGGGCGGCUGGGCCGACGCGGGGCUCAAGGCCGUCUUUGCCACCGCCUACCCGACCGCCAAGCUGACGACCUUCUACCCCUACCCGCUCAACGCGAGCGCCACCACCGCGCCCAACAGCACCCAUCCGGACGCGCCCGGCGCGCCGUCGGGCGGCGGCGGCCACCACACGCCCGCGUUUGUGGCGCCGCUCGUCGGCGUCAUUGGCGGCCUCAUUGUGCUGACGGCCGCCGUCGUCGGCGUUUUGCUGUACCGCCGCCGGCGCAUCCUCAUGUACGGCAGCGCCGGCACCCGCAGUGGCGGCCGUCGCUCCAGCCGCGGCGGCACCGGCCCCGUGGGCGGCAGCGGCCAGCCCGGCACCGAGAGCGAGGCCACCUACGACACGGGCCGCAACUUUGUCUUCUCGUGGCUGCGCGCCCAGCCGAGCGUCAAGCACGCCGCCUCGACCCCGGCCGCGUCCUCGUACGACGACCCGAACAGCAGCGCGGCCAACCGCGGGCGCGUCCAGAGCUACGGCGGCCAGUACAGCAGCAGCACGCCCCUGUCGCCCGAGAUGGAGCAGCUGCAGGCCGCCCAUCUGGCGGCGCAGCAUUCGGGGAGCGGCGCCGGCGGCUACGCGGCUGCGCUGGCGGCGGGCGCGGUGGGUGGCGCCGCUGUUGCUGGCGCUGGCGCUCCCACCGUCGAGGCCGACAACACGUACAUUUCCGAACUGAUUGCCGAUACCAAGUACCGCGCCGAGCUGCCCGGGUCGUCCGAUUUUGGGUCCGUCACGACGGAUGCCAACAGCAGCAGCCGCAUGCUGCGGGGCGGCGCCACCUACCACAGCGUGCCCACGUCGUCCGCCGAGCUCGAGAGCCCCUUGGUCCCGGGCAGCCACGUCGCCCAGCACGGCAGCACCUCGUCGCUUGGUCCCGCACCGCAGCAGCAGCCGCCCGUGUUUGCCCGCGCCGACUCGCCCUCGCUCGGCCAGGCACCACGGUUUCCAACCCAACAGCCUCCACAGGAAGCUGCUCAGGAAUCUGCUCAACAGCCUCCUCAGGAACCUGCGCAGCAGACGCCGCAACGGCCAGCCCAGGCACCAGCGCCAGCAGCCCCGCGCUCGGUGGCCCGCGAGUCGGGCGUCUCGGAUCUCAGCGAGCAAGACCGCCGCCACCUGCGCCAGGGCAGCGAGGGCGGCCAGUCGACGACGUCCGGCGUCUCCUCGGCCGUCGGCACCAGCGGCUACCAGCGCAACAGCUUGAAUCUGAGCGGCGCCGUCUCGCCACUGGGUGCGCAGUUCCCGCCGGCGGUUACGGGUGUUGGCGGUGUUGUCGGCGGCGCCACCAUCCCCGAGGCCGACGCCGGGGCCGAGGCGGCGGCGGAAGCGGCGGCCCAGCCGUCAGCACCGCCGGUACAGACGGAACAGCAGCCUCCAGCGCAACCGCAGUCACUGGAGUCGCCGUCCCAAACGAGUCUGCAGGGAAGCGGCGGUGACAGUCCUGGCCAGUCGCGGCGAAGUGCCUUUCGCGAGAGCGAAGCCGACUUGAGGGAGUAG